ACCUCCCCUCCUUACAAACACUGCCCUUUGGCCUCCAGAUGGGGUUGGCCCAUACUUUCGGAGGAGGGAAGAAAGUUCCCUGAUGCUGAGACACCGAAGACCUGAUGCUCGAGAAGACAGGAUCGAGAGGUGCGCAGGAAGAAGUCAAGAUGGAGGGCCGAAAGCCCAGCAGUGGGACUCCUGCUCUAAAAUGCCCCCAGAAGAUCUCUCUCCUCUCUUCCCCAGUGCGGGCAGUCGUCCGCCUGCGGAGGACAGCCCACAUGUUGAAAAAAGGCCUCUCGCCAACUGAAAGAAGGACCCUGCAUGGAGAUGCCCAAUCAAAGCACCUUCAGCGGCAGAUCUCCUUGGGUAAAGCCAAACUGGGUAGUGCAUCGGCCUCUGUUUUGAGCCAAGCAAGCUUUGAGACGUCACAGUAUUUUACUUUCGACACAUCUGUGCAGCCUCAAACGAGAUCCAGCAAAAGGAAGAAGAGGAGUAAAAACCCCCGGGUGUUGUACCCGGGGAGCAGCAGGAGGUACCUGCCAACGGAGCAGAAGAGCAAAGCCAAGCGCUGCCUCCUCCUGCUUGUCAGCAUUGUUUGCUUCCAAAUAUUAAACGCAAUUGAGAACUUGGAUGAUAAUCUACUGAAGUAUGACUUAGAUGGGCUGGAGAAAACAAUGCGUCGAGAAGUCUUUGGGCAGAUUGUGGCCAUCGAGAACAUUAUGGCAUUGCUGAAAGACUACCUGGUAACACACAUACACAACAAGCCCUUGGUGAUUUCCUUCAAUGGGCCCAGCGGGGUUGGAAAGAGCCAUGUUGGUUGGUUGCUAGCCAAACACUUCCGGUCAGUCAUGGGCCACAAUUUUGUGCUCCAUUACUUUACGAUGCACCACUGUCCAGACAAUGCUUCAUCUUUAGCUUGCCAGCUGGAUCUGUCUGAGAAGAUUGGUGUCAUGGUAACCCAAGCGGAAAUAGAAGAGAAGAUCCCCUUGUUCAUUCUGGACGAAGUAGAACUCAUGUCUCCAGCCCUUCUGGAGACUCUUGGCAGAUUCUUCCAAAGUAACCAAACCAAUGAGUUCCUGAAUGCCAUAUAUAUCCUAAUAAGCAAGGUAGGGGGUAAAGAAAUUACAAAUUUCCUUCUGCAGAAUGUUUCCAGCGAUCUCCUACUGCCACAAAGCAAGGUGGAGGAGCUGCUGGCCUCGCUCCGUCCUGUACUCAGUCGUGUCCAUCCUCUUUGGGGCUCUGCGGAGAUUGUUCCAUUUGUGUUGCUGGAGAAGAACCAUGUCCAGAGCUGCUUCUAUGAGGAAAUGAUGAGCGAAGGUGUUUACCCCGACCCGAGCCACAUAGAGAGCUUAGCCAGUCAGCUCAACUAUUAUGUGAAAGGAGGGAAGCAGUUUGCUGUGACAGGUUGCAAACAGGUAGUGGCUUCUGUCAAUCUGCUGUAAGAGCCAAUGGAAAACCCAGGCCGGAGGACAUCUCUGAUGCUGGGGGGAUGUUCUGAUCUUGUUGACAGUAGGGGUUGUUCCCAGUUGAACAAGGAUGAGAGUUGUUCAGUAAAAAAAAGGUCAGUAGAAAUGUAUGCCAGUCAUGAAUGCCAAUUGACAGCUCCACGAAGAUCUUUUGCUUCCAUGGAUUCUUCCCCUCCUCAUAGAUUGUUCCACUCCAGUUGAUCCCUCCCUACUUCAUUAAUCUAGAAAUGCAAACCAGCAUCUUAGAAACAACAUAAUUCCUUUCAUGCCCCAACAUGGAUGUCUUCUUCAUUCUACCACGUUUACCAAGCUUUGAAUCUUUUGCUAGAUUCAGCCCGGAUUUGGACUGGUAACCUUUAGAUAUCGCACUGAUGCCCCAUUGUGGUGAGCCCCUCAAAGAUACAGAAUGAAGGGGAAAGAGGCUUCACCUAUUGACAGCUCAUUGGUUCUCGCUGGUCUAGUCAAGUUAUAAGUGCUUCCAUGUCAGGCUUUCUCCUCUCCCCUGCCCAGAAGUUUUAUUCUGACACAUCUGGACACUGCAGUGAGAAGCAAGGUUUUGUGCAGUUGGGUAUAUGAGGCAGAACAAGGAUUUAGGUUCUUUCUUAAAGAGAAAUCUUUGAGGGGGAAAAUGAAGAUGAAUACUGUAUUUCUCUACAACGUUAACUUUUUAUCUCCCUUUCCCCCCAUUUUUCUUUUCUUUUCUUAGAAAGAGAACAAGGAUGUGUGUGCUCUUAGACUGGUGGGUGGGUGUUGGAAGGACAUUGUUCUGUCUGCUUGUCCAGUGGUGGUGGGGAAAUCUUAAAUUAACCUUGUUCUGGUCUUGCCUGCGUGCUAUCUUAU